AUGAAUUAUUACGUGUUAAUUGAGCCUAAACCCGAUAACGAAUUAGCAAGGUGGGAGAAUGAGCGUUCGCAUAAACAGGUCCACCUCCAUCAACCAACUAUAAACGGGACUAUAAGUGGUCCGAUAAAUGGUGCAUAUGUAACUGGCGGAACAGUUGGAACUGUAAACGGAACUGGAACUAUCAGCGGAGGGACUUUUGAUGUUGAAUCAUUCGCAUCAAAAAAAAGAGAUCAAGAGGACUAUCAGGAGGAGUUGCAGAGAAAACAAGCAAGAAUAGACGGUGAGAAUCUUCAACCUAUCUAUAACGUUCAAAUCCCUCCUCCACGCGUUGUCACUCCUCCCCAUCCACCACAAACACCUGAACAUCAAAUAUUUUCUUCGAGUUCCAUCGUUUCUCCCACCACAAGAAGUGAAAGUGACGAAGAUGAUUUUGAUGCAGAUGACCGAGUCUUGACAGAAAUUCCACAAUAG